AACGUCACAGCACACCUUUUACAGUAACGGCAUUAGUUUGGUCGAGUGUUUGAAUAUGGGCACAACAAAAGUGCCAUUGUUUUAACUCAUGUUAUCUUCAUAGUUAGUUUGAUAUGUUUGUUAGUUAAAUGUUUGCUUGUAGUACAGCGUAAUGAGCGACCGGAAGCUUACACGAGCCCGUUAAUGUUUGUCCUCGUUUGAAGUUGAACACUGAAGUUGAGGUGAGGUUAGCAUAGUUAGCAUCUGUCUCCAGUGGUUUUGGCCUGUCUCACUCAACUGGGCUUGAACCUGAGGAAAACAUGGUGUCCUGGAUCAUAUCGAGAUCUGUCGCGCUGGUUUUUGGAAACUUGUACCCAGCGUACUACUCCUACAAAGCAGUAAAAACCAAAAACGUCAAAGAAUAUGUGCGAUGGAUGAUGUAUUGGAUUGUCUUUGCGCUGUACACAGUGGUGGAGACCAUCACAGAUAUGACAGUGUCCUGGUUUCCUCUCUAUUAUGAGAUCAAGGUAGCAUUUUUGAUCUGGCUUCUGUCUCCCUACACGAGAGGGGCGAGUGUCAUCUACAGAAAACUCCUCCAUCCUCUGCUGACCUCCAGAGAAAGAGAAAUUGACGACUACAUAGUCCAGGCAAAGGAACGGAGUUAUGAAACCAUGGUGAAGUUUGGCAGACAGGGGCUGAGCAUCGCUGCCACUGCGGCUGUAUCUGCAGCUGUCAAGGGUCAAGGUGCCAUCACAGAGAAACUCCGAAGCUUUAGCAUGCAAGAUCUUACCCAGAUCUCUCAAGAUGAUGAGUAUGCGCAAUACAAUAGCAACAAUCCGGCCAGAAGAGCCAACAAGGACCAGCCUGAUGGAGCUGAGUAUUAUCGUCAGUACGAUGAUGAUGAUGACAGAAGCGAUGAAGAAGGGAAACCCGUGUACUCUGAAGAUGAAGCCGUUUCUCAGCACGGCGUCAGACGAUCUCAGAGCGUCAAAAUCACACGCUCAAGAAUGCGUAGAGAUGCACGUUACGGAUCUCUGAAGAUCAGAGGAAGGAAACGAUCAACAAUGAAUGCAUACUCAAACAUGGAAAACUGAACUACUGACGUAUGGGGAGAGACGUUUACUUCACUGUGUUUGUAUAAGGGCUGUGAACACACCACAGAUAUACCAGCAGAACUAUUUAUUAUUCAGCCAGCACAACUGUGUAGUGUACAUAUAAAGAGCUAAAGAAUAAUAAUGUAAGAUGAGAUGGGUGAUGGCUUUUUUGUUUCAGAUGACUUUAUCUGAAUUUGAUAUUCAGAUGUUUUUAGCUUCAGUAUUUGAUCUCUUUGGGUGGUGUGGGUUUUAUACUUCCGUUUUCAUGCAACUGUGUGAAAUUUUAUGUAGGUUUUACAAUUAUAGUAUAGAUUAUAAAUAGAAAUUCUUAUUCUUAAACAAAAAAAGAAAAGAAAAUCAUCAGACCAAAAGUGUCUCAAUGAAUGAAGAAAAUACCAAAGAUAAUCAAAGGCUGUUGCAGUAACUGUUGGGAAGUUUUAAUUUGUAAAGAUUUAAAAAAAAACAUUUCUUAUUGAUGGUAUGUGGGUUUAAGGAAAACCCUUUUGCACAUUCUUUAAAUCCGUCAUUUCUCAUCUUGUCUAUUAGGAACGUACCUAUAUCUGGUUGGAUGCCCAUACCAGUGUAAUAUAAUGUGAUGUAAUGUAAUGUAUCUGUGCUGUGUAUGAGUGUGCAGGGCAUUUACUCCUGAAGUCUGGCUGAAUGUGUGUCUUUGAAAUGAAUGCAAUGGUGUAAAUAAAGCCAAAGUAUUGAA